GUAACCGAAGUAGCUGGCUAGCUACACACUAUCGUCUUGUAAAUUUGAUAGCUGCCUAACCCUAGCUAAGAAAUUACUGUUGUUCAUUUCGGGAAGUUCAAUGUCUGGAUAAUUUAAUAAUGAAUCUUGGUGAUGGUCUGAUGUUUGAACUUGAGAAUGGGAAGCCCAAGCUUGUGUUAGCCAGCUAUGGUCAGUCAAAGGCAUCCAGUAAGAUAGGAUUUUGUCAGUUCCCUUAUAGGAGCAGAACACAGCAGAAAGCCACAGUCAUCUCAAAACAGUAUCCUAAAGAAUCCGAAAGGCCCCAGCGAGAGAGGAAGUGCACAGGACCCGCAGGUGGGAGUCAUGCUGAGCAGGGGAUGGCGCAUGGUCGCAGAAAGACCAAAGAUAGGAGCAACACGGAUCGCGGUCACAUCAUGGGGGUGGUCAGAGUGCACUCAGAGAGCAAAACAAAGACCACUGAUGAAUCCUCAAAAGUGACAGAGAAGACUGUAAAGGAGAGCUUGGUGUGCUUAACGCAAGACCAGCUUCAGCAGAUUCUCAACACCAUCCAAGCCUCAGGGCAAAAUGUCCAAGAUGACUCCAACACCCACAUUCAGAAUGGAGGACCUGCAGUUGGUACAAAGGAAGAAUGUAUUGUAAGCAAAGCAAUGACUAGUGGAAAUGCUGAGCUUCUGUUGGACAGGGACGCUCUCAGGCAGCAGAGCUCACCAGGAAAGGGAGACUUGAAAAACCCAUUAGAUUCCAGCCCAUCAGGACUAUUCAGCACUUUUGGACAAAGGGAACGAGAGAGAGAAGCACUGGAGGCAAAAAGGGCACAAUGGAAGAGAGAAUUGGAUGAACAGAUGGUACUUAAACAGCAGCAGAAAGCAAACACAGAGGUUCCGCCUCAAGGUGAGCCAUGCUGUGGGUCUUGUGCUGGAACCAGCUCAAGUGACCAGCUGCUACAAGUCCAAGAGGACAUGAUGAGAACAGCCACAGAGAACACAAGCAGCAAACCUCCACAGCCAAACUACAACCUGCGGGCUCUUCCAGCUGCUAUCCGUUCAGCCUUUGUACUGGGGGAGGCUACUCCGUUGGAGCAUGCUUUCAGUGAAGAGAAGAAGGAGGAGCAGAGGCGCUGGCUGGAGAAGCUGGAGCAGCAGAGAGAGGAGGCCAGGCUUCGUAAGAAGCUAGAGAAACAGAUCCAAAGCCAGGCCGAGGACCAUGAGCGCUGGGCCAUGCACUUUGACUCCUUCCAGAGGGGCGUCCAUCUUCAGCCUCUCCCCGUUCCAGCCCCUGAGAGAGGAGAGCCAGAUGUGAGCAGUUCCCUUUCCCAUCACCGAUCCCACUCGGGAGCACUGUCCACAGCCUGGGAGGCCAUGAGUGCCUUUGGAGGGGACAGUAUAGGAAGAGCCAGUGUGGACACCACUCAGGUUUUUCAGCCAAAGUCCAGCUAUCUGCGCACCAUGACUGCACUGCUAGAUCCAGCACAAAUUGAGGAGAGGGAGAGAAAGCGUCUCAAACAGCUAGAACAUCAGCGGGCUAUUGAUGCUCAGGUGGAGGAGAGGAGGCGACAGAAGGAGAAAGAGGAGGCAUCACGACAAGCCCUGGAACAGGAGGAGGAGAGGAGGGUGGCUAGAGAGAGGGACCUACUCCAGCAGGAGUACCUGAAGGACACACAAUGGCAGAGACAAAAGGAGGAGUUACAUACACGCAAAACAGAGGAGCUGUACCUGAGUGUUCAGAAGGCCCAGGAGGAAGCACAGAAAGACAAACAUCUACAGCGUAUUAGGGAGCUGGCUAGAAAAGGACAUGAUGUUUCCAAUCUACUUCGAAGCUUGGAAUGUGAAUCUUCCUCACAAGUGAGUUUGGCCAUGUCUGAAACUACAGCAGAAAGAGUACAGACGCCCACAACGGCAAGAAAAGACACAGCCGUUCAGACAGAAAUCAAUGCAACAGGCCCACCUGAGACUGAAGUCAUCAACUAUAACAAUGGCAACAUGGAAACUAAAGCCAUUGCAGCUCAAUACCAACUUUCCCCCAACAUCAACGGAUCCAGAUGUGAGGGCAGACUCACUGGAAAGAACAUUGGAAAGGAGAACAUGCACUUGGCACCUGAAGCAGACCCUUAUACGGCCUAUGCUAGGACAGACAGACCCCGUGGGCAGCAGGUGGGGAGGAAACCAGAGUGGAACACCCAAAGGCCAAGUAAGGCAUUCGUGCCAGCGUCCGAGCGAUACCCUGCUGCCCUGCAGCGCCACAGGCAGGAGAGCCGUUUGCGCAGGCAGAUGGAGCUCAUGACGUUAGUGGAGAAGAAUGCGUUUCCCCAAACAGCCCAGCACGAUACUUCCCCCCCAGCUUCUGGGCACCCAUCUCACCUUCAAAGGCAUGCAAGCUUACAUCAUCAAAAAGUUGAGGAUGUACAAAAAAUACCACCCACCACUGUCACUCAAAGCAGAGGGCACUCUCCACCUGUCCCUGCCCUGAGGCAUCGACCGCAGAAUAAACCCUCUCCAACCCAAAAAGAAGAGGCUACAGAAUCCAAAUGGCCUCCAUCUUCUGACUACAUCCCCUAUGUACGCACAGAUGAGGUGUACCACCUGGAUCCCCUUGCCCCAAUCUCCAGACCCAGCACCCAUGAGAUCCCACAGAAGACACAUGAAGAUGCAAACAAUAGCAGACACCACACUCCCCUUGCGCGGCGGGAUACUCUCUUGAACCCUGAGCUGCUGAAGAGCACAGAGAGGCAGCAGGCUAUUCUCAAGGGGCUGUCUGAACUCAGACAGGGCUUGCUGCUGAAACGGAGAGAACUAGAAACUGGCUUCAAUCCUUUACUUCAGGGGCAAACCAAAAACCUCUCACCCCUUUUCCACCCACUGUGAGAGCCCAUCUCCACAAAGAACGUUCUUCAUUCAGCAGAGCCAUCCAAGAAUGGGAAAGUUUUUCUUUUUUACAACAGGCACUAAAAUUUUAAAAGGAGCUCAAUUUUUAAUGAGCUGUCCCUGCACUUAAGAUAUGCACUUUUAAUUACCUUCGUUGUUUUUAAACAAUAUUGUACAUAUUGUGAAUUUGUAUUGCUCCUGGCAUUAAUGUAUUGAAUGUAGACUAAAGUUGUAAUUAGGAUGGUAAAGGUAUUAUUUAUUGGGGUAAUCUUGACUAAGUUCACUUGAACUGAAUUUAUAAUUGGACUGUGACGUGUGUUAUUUACAUCACUUGCAACUGGUAUCUUGAUUUAAUAUUAAAGUAUUUUUGAAAAAUAUUUAUGCACGUUUGGAACAUUAAAAACAGCAUCUUUUACUUGCUUAGUUAAAGCUGUCAGUAUGUUUUCCUAGUACUCCAUAAUAGUUUUAACUUGAGCAUGAAUGGCUAAAAUGUCACCACUGGUGCUAGAGUUUAUUAAAAGAGCAUUCUGGAACUUGAUAAUGAAAUGCAUUAAACAUCCCUGCCAAUUGUAGCUGUUCCAGAUUGGAAUUCAAGACCAACACAAACUAUGCAGUAUCAAUGUUAAAUAUUUCAACAAGUAAAGAAAAUUAUUCCUAGUCAGAGACAGACAGAAGUUAUGGUGGUUUCAUUGCACUUGUUUUACAACUUUAUCCUAAAAAAAUAUAUAUAUAAUAAAAUCAGGGGCUUAUCUUUUGCCUGUAGUGUUUUCCAAAAUGAAAAGGUAAACCAGACAAUUUUACUAACAAAAUUUUCAAAUACAAAGAGUGGUCUAUACAAAAUGUUAAAUGAUACAGGGUUGUGUAUAACAGUACUGACUGGAGUAUUCCCCCCCCCCCC